GCUCCAGACAAAAAACGCAUCAGGUCUCAGUCAGUUGGACGGCGAGGACCCUACAGCAGCGCCAGGAUAACCGUGGACACACAUUUGGGUGAUUUGAAGGCCAGUACAGCACGGGAUUUAUACGACCAGACCGCGCUCAGUUCACCAUGCAGAGACCGAGCGGUACGGGCACGGCGUUUUCCAUUGAUUCUUUGAUUGGCACUCCACAGCCACGACCGGGCCACCUGCUCUACACGGGCUACCCGAUGUUUAUGCCGUACCGACCGCUUAUGAUUCCACAAGCCCUGUCUCAUUCGUCAUUACCGUCAGGGAUCCCACCUUUGGCACCGCUGGCAUCUUUCGCAGGGCGUCUGACCAACACUUUUUGCGCGGGGUUAGGACAGGGAAUGCCCUCCAUGGUGGCGCUCACCACCACCCUGCCUAGUUUCUCGGACCCUCCAGAUAGUUUCUACCCCCCGCAGGAGAUGCCGGGACCCCGGUUAGGCGCAGACGGGACGGGGAUGAACCGGCAAGAGAGCCCGCAUGACGAACUCAAAGGCUCCGAACUCCUCAAUUUCACGGAAACUUUUCAAGCAGUUGCAGGCGAAACCAAACUCUACAGUUCAGAUGACGAGAAACUGGACCUGAAAGCAGCGGAGGCCGCGUGCAGUGACCGGGAGGACAGCUCGGCCGACAGCGAGAACGAAAGCUUCUCCGACGGAAACACCUGCGCCUCUGCGUCCCAGAAAGGCAAACUGAAAGGCGGCUCACAGGACGCGUUACCGCCGGGCGGCUCUGCGGGAAAGAGCCGCAGGAGACGGACAGCUUUCACGAGCGAGCAGCUGCUGGAACUCGAGAAGGAGUUUCACUGUAAGAAGUAUCUGUCCCUCACCGAGCGCUCGCAGAUCGCGCAUGCGCUCAAACUCAGCGAGGUCCAGGUCAAAAUCUGGUUCCAGAACCGCAGGGCCAAAUGGAAACGGAUCAAAGCCGGAAAUGUCAACAACAGAUCAGGCGAGCCCGUCCGGAACCCCAAAAUCGUGGUGCCCAUUCCAGUGCACGUCAACAGGUUCGCGGUGCGGAGUCAACAUCAACAGAUCGAACCGGGCAGCAGGCCAUGAAUGAACUCCUCAAUAUAAAUGACUCCUCAAGUGAACAUUUACUUGACCUCGUUUCACUGGUCAGGGGCCACAGAUGCAUGAAGCACAGCUCAAAGGAGACAAUUAGGAUACUUCUUUAGGUAACAAUAAAAUACACGAGGCCUACUUAAUGCUUAACGGAUUAUCUGUUUAUAUUUAUUCGAUUCUAAAUAACAUAUAUAUAUAUAUAUCAAAGUUUAUAAUAUUUGAAUGUAUAUUAACAUGUAACCUGUUAAGCAUUUACACAUGGACGUUAUUUGAAAGUGUUACCGACUUUUAUAUCUGUUCAUUUCGACAUUGCUUUCAGGUUUGUUCAAAUUCCUUUAUUUUUAAUUUAUUAUUUUGUACAUUUUGUAAAUAUGAAAUGUGUCCGCGCGACACACAUGUGCACUAUACGAGACUGUAAAGAGACUUUUUAAAAGAAUAAUAAGUAUUUAUAAGUUGCUGUCUAGUGAAUUUUUGCAUGUGUUUUGCCAUUUGUUGUCUGAUUUCCCCGUGUUGUUUUAACGGGCCGUUCUCGUUGUUUCGACCUUUUUUGCAUGUGCUCUUAAAGCAUUUCUGUCCCUCAGAGGCGGAAUCUCCCCCAGUUCUUUGUGGAAAAAACGGUGAUGGAAAUAAAUAAGCUGAAGAACACAAUGGCAGACUGAUAUAUUCCAAUCGACCUCACAAUAAAUAUGGUGCAAUAUGUUUGCAUAAAACUGUUCAGGGG